CUUGGGUAGGAAAGAAAUUUGCACAGCUUAGAGUUAUGACUGCAGCUCGAACAGACAAAAGAAUCAGAUUAAUGAACGAGAUUGUUAACGGAGUGAAGGCUAUAAAGAUGUUUACAUGGGAACAGUCCUUUACAAAGAUGGCAGAGGAGGCUAGAAAGGCUGAGAUAGAUGUUAUCCGACAUACAUCCUACUACAGAGCUUUCAACUUCAGCUUCUUCUUUACUGCUUCUAGAUUCAUUCUGCUUUCUACCUUCCUUGUCUUUGGUUUCACUGGACAGAUUCUAACAGCAGAGAAAGCUUUUAUCUGCUUAUCUCUCUACAAUACAGUCAGGCUCUCAAUGACCCUAUUCUUUCCCUUCGCCAUCAGUAGUUUUGGAGAAGCAAAGGUUUCAGUCUCUAGAAUUCGCGAUUUUCUGCUCAUGGAGGAGAGAGCAACUGGGAAAACAUCUAGAAGUAUUCACGCCAGUGAUUCUAAGGUUUCUGUCGAAAUAUCCGGUGUCUCGGGGAAAUGGAAAAUUGAUGAAACAGAGAAUACACUUAGUGAAAUUUAUUUUAAAAUAAGGCCGGGUCAACUAGUUGCUGUAAUAGGUCCAGUGGGAUCAGGAAAGAGUUCUCUUCUUCAAGCAAUACUGGGAGAACUUCCAAUACUUUGUGGUGGUAUAGAUAUACAUGGAGAUAUUUCGUUCUCCCCACAGGAACCCUGGGUGUUUUCAGGAAGUGUUGAGGACAAUAUCCUGUUCGGAAAACCGUAUAACAAGUCAAGAUAUCUCAGUGUAAUAAAAGCCUGCGCUCUUGAGCAUGAUCUGGCUCAGUGGUCACAUGGAGAUAAAACCUUAGUUGGAGAGAAAGGAGUGGCACUGUCAGGAGGACAGAAGGCAAGAGUUACCUUAGCAAGAGCUGUUUACAGAAAUGCUGAUUGUUAUCUUCUGGACGAUCCUCUCUCUGCAGUCGAUGCUCAUGUUGGGAAACAUUUGUUCCAGAAAUGUAUUCGAGGAUUUCUAAAGGAUUCAGCAAUUAUUCUGGUGACCCACCAGUUACAGUACCUGAAGGAUGCGGAUCUUAUUGUAGUUCUCAAGCAAGGGAAAAUACAGGAAACAGGAACAUUUCAACACUUGGCCAAAAAUGGUCUCGACUUCUCAGCUUUUCUUACGUUAGAGGAAGAGGAGAAAAAAGAAGAAGAAGAGGACAUAUUUUCCGAGGAGGAUAUUCUUUUACUGAAGGGCAGGGAACCUGUUAGAAAGCAAUCAACCUUUUCUGAUCAGUUUACGAUUGACUCAAGAAAUAAGUUUGAACAGGAGAAACCGGACAUAAAAGGUUUUUGUCGGCCGAAUACUUUGAUUAGAGCUCGGACAUUGUCCGUGGGUUCAGAUAUAUCUCAAAUAUCUAACCUAAGAGAAGAAAUUGAUUCACUUACCCGAGAUUACGAAGAAGCUCGUAAACCUGUCGCAAUUAAAGAGGACAAAAGUGUUGGAACUGUGAAAGGGGGACUUUACAUAGCAUACUUCAAAAGCGGGGGAAACUGUUGCACUGUAAUUUUUAUCCUUUUCGUGAAUCUUCUUUGCCAGGGACUUUACUCAGGGUCGGAUAUAUGGAUUAGUUACUGGACAAGUAUUGAAGAGAAAGAACUAUUGAUAGAACUAGAGGAAUUGCCAGCUCCAAUCUUAAGUAACAUAACUUUUCCCAGAAUAAACGUGUCUGUGAACUAUGAAGAAGAGUGGGCUAACCCAAACAACUACAAUUCUCACUACUUUAAUCUUGGUAUUUACGCAGCAUUGGUCGGAGCCCUCGUCAUUGCUUCCAUGAUCCGAACUGUUCAUUUCUUCGUUGUCUGCAUGCAAGCAUCAGUAAACCUUCAUAAUUCCAUGUUUACAAAAGUGGUUCAAGCUCAAUGCAGGUUCUUCGACGUCAACCCUGUAGGUCGAAUUCUAAAUCGGUUCUCAAAAGAUGUUGGUUCUAUGGAUGAAUUACUUCCACCUGCAUUUUUCGACGCUUUUACAAUAUUCCUAAAUAUCUUGGGGAUAAUGGCUGUGAUAUUUGCUGUGAGACCAUGGGUGAUCCUUCCUACUCUUCUCCUUGGUAUAAUAUUCAUCUUACUCAGAAGGUUCUAUAUGAGAUCAGCGAGAGAUAUUAAGAGAAUUGAAGGAAUUGCUCGCUCUCCUGUUUUUUCUCAUCUAUCAACCUCCCUAAAUGGUUUAACCUCAAUCAGAGCAUUUAACGCGGAAGAAAUGUUGAGAACAGAGUUUGACAGAUUGCAAGAUAUUCACACUUCUGCUUGGUUUGCGUUUAUAUCUGGGACCCGUUGGUUUGGUGUAUGGUUGGACUGGAUCGUUGUCAUCUACCUUGCUUGUGUGGUAUUCAGUUUUCUUGUACUAGGAGGAGAUCUAGUUGGCGGAGAUGUCGGAUUAGCUAUCUCCUCGUGUAUUACUCUGACAGGAAUGUUACAAUGGGGAGUUCGGCAGUCGGCUGAAGUUGAAAACCUGAUGACAUCUGUAGAGAGAAUAAUGGAGUAUUCAAGAUUAGAACAGGAGGCACCAGCAACAAUUAAUGAGACAAAACCCCCUGAAAGCUGGCCAUGUCGUGGAGUUAUAGAGUUUAAAGAUGUCAAGUUAAGAUAUGCGGAAACGGAACCGAUGGUUCUCAAAGGAAUUGACUUCAAAACCCAUAGCGCCGAAAAAAUUGGAAUUGUCGGAAGAACUGGAGCAGGAAAAUCUAGUAUAAUAACAGCUCUUUUUCGUCUAGCAGAGCCUACUGGUAGUAUUUAUAUAGACGGAGUUGAUGUGUUAAAGAUUGGACUGAAAGAUCUGAGAUCCACAAUAUCUAUAAUUCCACAAGAUCCUCUCCUUUUCACCGGAAGUUUGAGACGAAACUUGGAUCCGUUUAACGAGUUUUCAGACGACAUGAUCUGGAAGGUUUUGAAGGAAGUUCAUAUGUUCGAACCUGUAUCAGAACUAAAACAUGGAAUUGAAACAGAGAUGAGUGAAGGAGGAACUAAUUUCUCCCUCGGUCAGCGUCAGCUGGUUUGUCUUGCGAGGGCUUCUCUUCGGCACAAUCCUGUUCUAGUUCUAGAUGAAGCCACAGCCAACGUGGAUCCCAGAACAGACAAAUUUAUACAAGAACAAAUCAGAACAAGGUUUCGAGAUUGUACUGUUCUUACCAUAGCUCACAGAUUGAACACAAUUAUGGACUCAGAUAGAAUUCUUGUGCUGGGAGACGGAAAGAUUGUGGAAUUUGAUACUCCGUACAAUCUUCUUUGUAAGGAAGACGGGGUUCUAGCAGAGUUAGCUGAGCAGACUGGCAAUGAAAAUUUAAGAAAAUUAAAAGAAAUUGCUGCGAUAUCAAACAUGAAGGAUCAUAGCGAUAUCAGAGAAGAUUGAGCAACUAAAAAAGAAGAAGAUUGCUAUACAAAUUUGAACCAUUCUCCUGAACCAAUGGAAGAAUCUUGAAUUUUCAAGGAUCAUGAUACUUUUCUGUACCUCAAGCUUUAAAGAUAAAGUACAAUGUGAACCACAUAAAAUAACAUAAUUUUCAUUUUAUACAGCCAUAAUAAAAGAUAAUCAAAAAAUAUAAUAAAUGUUAAAAAUUA